GGAACGGGGGGGAACGGAACGGAGGAGUCGCGGAGGGGGAGCACGGAGCAGGGAGAACGGGGGGAGCACGGAGGCACCCCCGGGGCAGGCGAGCCCCCCGGGCCCGGGGCUGCGCGGAGCCGGGCGAGGCGGCGCAGCUGGAGCGGGGGGAGACCGGCCCGGCCCGGGGAUGCGGCCGGCGGGGACCCGCGGCGUGGGACAGCGGGGCCCGACCCCCCCCGGCGCUGCGUGUCCCCGCAGGGAUUUGAAGCUGGGCCAAGCGGCGAUGGGAAUGUCAUUGUCGCAGCCCGGGGACCCGACGCAGUAAAGGUGGUCCCAAGCUCUGCCCCACACCGCUCGGCGGGGCCGCGGGGGGACCGGGGGUCCGUCGCCCUCCUGCAGGCUGCGGGGGCUGCAGGAGCACCUGGGGGCCGGGAGCCAUCCCACCAUCCCACCGCCUGCUCGGGGACCCACCGGGACAUCGGCCUUUCCACCGGACUCUGGUGCCUGUCGGAGCCCGAUGAGGAGCCGGGGCCGUGCAUGACCCUAUGCAGACCAGGAAGAAAUACAUUUUCCUGACUUUCCUUGCCUCUUGGCUCCUGCUUUUCUUCUUUGGAGGAGACCAGCUACGCCGUUUCCCUUUCUUUUCUGGGAGGAAAGUCGAAGCCCGGAGGAACUGGCCACACUGGACGGAUCGGUCCCUUCUCACCAGCUUUGCGGACCCCAGGGAGCUCCAGGGCAAUGAGGACCCCUCACUGCCAUCACCCCGGGAGCGGCGGGCGGCACAGCUGAGCGUCUACAAGAACAGCAGAUGUCGGAUGGAAACCUGCUUCGACUUCUCCAGGUGCGAGAAGCACGGCUUCAAAGUCUUCACCUACCCUCGGGAGAGGGACCAGCCCCUCUCAGAGAGUUACAGCAAAAUCCUCGCCUCCCUUGAGCGUUCCCGCUACUACACCCCCAACCCCGAGGAAGCCUGCCUCUUCAUCCUCAGCAUCGACACACUGGACCGCGACCAUCUCUCGGGUCAGUAUGUCCGGAACGUUGAUGAGAAAAUCCGCGGCUUCCCGCUCUGGAACGGUGGCCGUAACCAUCUCAUCUUCAACCUCUACUCGGGCACUUGGCCCAACUACACCGAGGACCUGGGCUUCGACAUUGGCCAGGCCAUCCUGGCCAAAGCCAGCUUCUACACCGACAGCUUCAGGCCUGGCUUCGACAUCUCCAUCCCUCUCUUCUCCAAGGACCACCCGCAGCGCGGCGGGGAGAGGGGGUGGUUGUACCAGCACUCGAUCCCCCCAAAAAAGAAAUACUUGUUGGUGUUCAAGGGGAAGCGGUACCUGACCGGCAUCGGCUCCGGCACCAGGAACGCGCUGCACCACAUCCACAACGGGAAGGACAUCAUCUCACUCACUACCUGCAAGCACGGCAAGGACUGGGAGAAGCACAAGGACACCCGUUGCGACAAGGAUAAUGUCGACUACGAAAAGUUCGACUACCAGGAGCUGCUGCACAACUCCACCUUCUGCAUCGUGCCCCGGGGCAGGCGCUUGGGCUCCUUCCGCUUCCUGGAGGCACUGCAGGCUGCCUGCAUCCCCGUGCUGCUGAGUGAUGGCUGGGAGCUGCCCUUCGCCGAGGCCAUCGACUGGAGCAAAGCAGCCGUCGUGGGCAGCGAGAAGCUGCUGCUGCAGAUCCCCUCCACCGUCCGCUGCAUCCACCCGGAGCGCGUGCUGGCUUUCCAGCAGCAGACGCAGUUCCUGUGGGAUGCAUACUUCUCCUCUGUCGACAAGAUCGUGCACACCACGCUGGAGAUCAUCAAGGACCGGCUGCUCCCGCACCGUUCCCGCUCCCGCUUCCUCUGGAACACGCUGCCGGGGGGGCUCCUGGCCCUGCCUGACUUCUCCACCCACCCCGGGGACUUUCCCUUCUACUACCUGCAGCAGGGUUCCAGCCCCUCUGGGAAGUUCACAGCUUUCAUCCGGGCUGUCUCGCCAGUGGGCUCCCUCUCCCAGCCCAUCCUCAGGCUCAUCCAAGCCGUCUCCGGCUCCCAGUAUUGCGCCCAGAUCCUGGUGCUGUGGAGCUCCGAGAAGCCACCACCGCCGAGUGGGAAAUGGCCCCAGACCACCGUGCCUCUGACCAUCAUCCAGGGCAGCAGGAAGCUCAGCGACCGCUUCUUCCCCUACGCGGCCAUUGGGACGGACGCCGUGCUGAGCCUGGACGAGCACACCAGCCUCUCGACCAGCGAGGUGGAUUUUGCCUUUGGGGUGUGGCGCAGCUUCCCCGAGCGCAUCGUGGGCUUCCCCACGCAGAGCCACUUCUGGGACCCUGAGCAGAGGCGCUGGGGCUACACGUCCAAGUGGACCAACGAGCUCUCCAUCGUCCUCACCACUGCCGCCUUCUACCACAGGUAUUAUCACAGCCUCUUCAUGGAGUAUCUGCCGGUGGGGUUGAGGGAGCUGGUGGACGGGCUGGCCGCCUGCGAGGACAUCCUGAUGAACGUCCUCGUGGCUGCUGUCACCAAGCUGCCACCCAUCAAGGUCACCCAGCGCAAGCAGCACAAGGAGAAUGUGCCCCAGCAGGUGAAGGGCACGGCGGGGGGCGGCCGGCGGCCGGCGUUUCUCCCAGCGGCAGGAUUGCCUCAACCAGUUGGUGGACUGGUUCGGCUACAUGCCCCUGGUGUCCUCCCAGCUGCGCCUGGACCCUGUCCUCUUCAAGGACCAGGUCUCCAUCCUGCGCAAGAAAUACCCACGCUUGGAGAAACCCUGAGAGCUGCGGGGGAUCGGGGUGGGGGUGCCCCGUUCUGGGUGCACGGAGCCCUCCCGGCGCAGGUGGUCGCUGCUGACGGGGUUUUACUCGUUAUUGGGUUUUACCAGUGCAAUAAAGGUGGGUGGAGAGGCAGAGUCCGGCCGGUGGCUGUGGGACGUGGGGCAGCGGGAUGUGCCGGGCAGGGAGCACCGGCAGCACACCGGGAUUUUGGUGUGCUGGUGUUUCUGCCGUUUCUGUCAUCGGCGGCUGCCCAGCCACCCUGGGAAUCCACCGUCCAGCACCCAGCCGUGCGCGCAGCCCCCGGCCUCAGCCCCGCGGGGAGGGCGAGCGCUUUGGCUUCCCAAGGACAAACAGCGGAGCGAUAAGAGGCAAGAGCAGGGCGAGUGUGUCCUCCCUCCCCCAUGCUGGGAUAGAUCCCCCCUCAGCCCCCGGGCACCCCAGCACCCCACUGCCGUACAGUGCUCCCCGAAGAAGGGAAAAGGGUUUUUUU